UUCCGGCCGGUCCACAGGGAGCGGUUCUUUGCGAUGGACGUGGUGUCAGCCACUGGGCUCGGGGUCACCGUGUCCCGGGGUUUUCCCAAGCUGCUGCAGCCUCUGCAGAUGCUGUACGCGGCCCUCGAAACCCGGCUGCUGAGGCUGGCUGCUACCUUGCCUGAGCAUGUGCAGCCCCGGCCUGACUUUUAUGGGCUCCCCUGGAAGCCUGUGUUGUUCACUGCCUGUUUGGGAAUCGUUUCGUUGGCCAUUUUCUUCUGGAGGACGGUCCAUGUCGUCAGGAAGAGAACAUACCAAGUCACUGAACAGCAGAUUGCUGAGAAGGUGAAGAAUACCACAAAGGACAAUGCAGAACUUGUCCAAAAAGUGUCAAGUUAUAAACAGAAGAUCAAGGAAUCAAAGAAGCUUAUUCAGGAGACCAAGAAAAAUUCAAUUCCCUGUCAUCAAACAAUUAAAUACAAGGCUGAAAUCAAGAUGCUUGAAGAAAGCAAUAAAUUUCUGACUGAUAUUGCCAAAACUCUUUAUGUUAUAUUCAAAUCUGAGAGGAAAUGAAACGUGCAAAAUCAGGAUUUGGCUCUGACCAACUGCAUCAUGGAGCUGAAUCAUUUGGAGAGUGGAUCAGAAUCUGAGGGUCCAGGUCCAGGCAGAUGUGAAUUAGCUGAUGGAGAUGUGGGAGGUGAGGAGAGUAAGCUGAAGACUGGCAUGAACCAGCUGAUGGAUAUCUCCGGGGUGAGUCCUCUCACAGCGCACCCCCAGGGGCCCGUGAGUCCUGACUGUGCCUCACUUUCAAGCCUGUGCCUCUCCCUCACAAUUUUCAGACACAAGCUAAAAUACAUGGUUCAGGAGGUUCUCAAACUCCUGCAAGUGAAGCUGAGACCCUCCCUCUCUGCCAACUGUGACCUGAAAGACCAGAUCAAGAAGCUGAAUGAGGACUGUGGCACGCUGCAGGCAGCCAAGGCUGGGCUGGAGGAGGAGUGUAGGAUGCUGCAGCAGAAGGUGGAGAUCCUGAAGGAGCUGUACCAAGAGAACGAGAUGGAGCUGCAGAAGAAACUAAAUGAGGAGGAAUAUGAGCUGCAGCAACAAGACCAGCAGCUAUUGGCUGCAGAUGAGAAGGUGGUGCUGGCCACAGAGGAAGUCAAAGUCUACAAACAGAGAAUUCAUGAAAUGGAGGAAGAAUUACAGAAAACAGAGCACUCGUUUAAAAACCAGCUUGCUACUCAUGAGGAGAAAGCCCAGGAGAACUGGCUCAAAGCCCGCCACACCAAGCGCCUGAUUGCAGCAGAUAAACAGGAGGCUGCCAGCCUGCACGGUACAGGCUCAUGGAGAUGACCCAGAAGCUGGCCAUGGGUCAAGAGGAGCCUGAGAUCCUCAAGCAGAUGCUGGACCGGCCAGGACCGGCAGAACGCGCCCCGCAGAGGUGCCCUGAGCCAGAACAGCUCCUUUGGCCCAUGCCCUGUGAGUGGCUGUGAGUGCUCCCUGCCCCCAGGCACAGAGCUCCCCGCAAGGCAGCCCUCUGCAAGCCUGAACUGCGCAGGCCGCUACAUUCGGUGAGCCUCUUCGGGGCCUCUUCGCGGCCCAGACUCAGGCACACCGUGCCACCUGCCCUGGGCACGGUUCCCUGAGCUCUGGUACAGAGCCAGGGUACUCCGGGCUCGAGGUUUUCACUUAGCCCUGGGCCGUGUGCGGGCCCACCCCGAUUGCAGUGCGCGAGUAGGGUCCUGGGAGCCGGCGACUGCCUCGUCACUCCCAACCGCCUCCGGCCUCGGCAUGGUAGAGGCCCGCGGUGUCACCCUCUCCCUCUCUGCACAGUACUCCACGUGUGUGUGCACUUUCUUCACCCGGCCGCCAGGGGCCGCUCCUGAGCUCAGCGGUUCUGAGUGUUGCCGGUUCUGCCUGCUGCUACUGAAGCGCAUGGUCGCCGGGUGCAGACUCCAUCUUCCGCGUCCCUGUUUUCCUCCUACACAGCCUGGGACCGAAAGCCGCCUCUGCCUCUGGCUGGGGCUGCUGCGGCGCAGCCUUCCCAGCUCCCCAGGUCCACCAAGCGCUGGCCUGGUUGAUCCUGCGCAGGCGCAGAGGCCGCCUUCGAGCCCCCCCUCCGCCCCUUUGACCCCUGCCCAGUGAGCCUGGCGAGGCUGGCUCCCGUGCCUGGGAUCCGUGGCCUCGCGCCUCCCAUGGGCCUUGCAGCAGCCCGGUCAGAGCCGGUCAAGCCUCAGCUCCCUCCAGGGCCAGUGGAGGGGGCUCUGCCUUGUCCCCGAGCGUCCCCGAGGGCACUUCCAAGAGUGUGCGCGCGGCCUCUUCCGUCCACGUCCUGGGAGAGUCCCCUGAGUGCCUUCUCUGCCCCCAGAUCCCGGUCCCGGGCCUGUGGCCUACAGCGACUCCCGCGGCUCCUCCCUGGCAAAGGGCAUGGACGACGGCAAGGCGAGCCUGGGAGCCUCGCCCAAGCCACUCAAUGUGCCCUCGGUUUCCUCUCUGUUCUUCAGCGGGCCUGGGCAUAGAGACCCCAGGCUGACUCAGCUGUCGCCAUCUGACUCGGGCCUUCGCUAUGGCUUGGGGUCCAGGGCACGUGCUGAGUGCUGGGGCAAAGCACGCCUCACACCCUGGGCAGCCCGUGCCUUGUGUCUUUUGCUUGUUACUUAUUUUGAGUCAGAGUUUCCUUAUGCAGCUCAAGCUGGUCUUGACCUCACAGUACCCAGAGCUGACCUCCAGUUCCCUAGCAGUCCUCCCGCCUCAGCCUCCAGAGUGCCGGGAUGACGGGUGUGUAUGACCACACUCACUUUUUCUUGUUUUUUUGGGGAGCAGCUGUGAGGGUCCUCGGGGUCUGUGCUAGGCCCACCCCUUGGAAUGAUCGGAAUGAGGUGGGUGUCAGCUCUGGUGGGAGUGGGAUGCUAGUUCCAGGGACCAUGAAUCCAGCCCCAGGUGGCCCAGGCUGCUGUGGCUCCUGGGUCCUGACACUGCUGCCUCAGCAGCCUUCACACCACAGGGGGCCGCCUGUGAUGGUCAGAGCUCUGUGGCCUGCCUUCUGGUCAGCGCAGGCACAGGCACCUCAACCAGCCACUCCCUAUGCAGUGUCACUGGCCGAGGCAGCUCCCUGUUCUCCCCAGGGAUCCCUGGCCCCCGGGAGCCCUUUCGUUGCCCCUGUCAUGCCCAGGGCCGCGCUCGUGCUGACAGAAGUGACGCGAGCUGGUGCAGCGCUCGCUGGCCCUUCUGAAGCUCAUCUCUCCACACCAGAGUGGGAACAGCGUGGUGAGCAUGGCCGAGAAGGGGCCCCCAGCCUAUCCAGGGUCCCCGUUCCUGGGAGGCCCCAUGACGCACCCCAUGGACUGUGGGCCUCCGCCACCACCAACAUUCAGGCCUUGGCCAAUGCCUCCGCCGCCACCACUGACAUUCCGUACGCCUCCACUGGCUCAUUCCUUGCUGUGAGAGCUGUUGGAACUCUGGCUCCCUGGACUGGAGGUGCCAAGGCUUGCAGGCUGCGUCACUCCGGAGGAAGCCCGUGACCCCUGACCCACGGGUGACUUCUGGGCUCCAAGAGUGAGAGUUUACAAUACAAAUAACAAUUGUUUGACAUCAGGCUCUAUUAUUUUUCUUUUACCGUGAUUGCAUUAAGGAGUGUAAAAGAAGUAAAGCUGUGUCAUGAUUGUAAAAAUAAAUUUCAUUAUAAAAUGCA